AAGGGGCGGGGGCCGGGCCGGGCCGCAGAGGCGGAGGAGCCGUAGGGAAAGGAGGAGGAUUGGACCUCCGGGCGGCCUUCCCAGCCUCUCUCUAGAUCCUGGCUGACAGUCGGAUCCAGGCUGCGGGGCCUGCAGGUCGGAGAUGCUGCUGGAAGAGAUAAGCGCCGGCGACCGGCUCAGCGGGGCGGCCGCCCGGGGAGACGUGAACGAGGUGCGGCGCCUCCUUCACCAGGAGUUCGUGCAUCCCGACUCCCUGAACCGCUUCGGCAAGACCGCCCUGCAGGUGAUGAUGUUCGGGAGCUCGGCCAUCGCUCUGGAGCUUCUGAAGCAGGGAGCCAGCCCCAACGUCCAGGACGGGUCGGGCACCUCCCCGGCCCACGACGCCGCGCGCACGGGCUUCCUGGACACUCUCCGGAUCCUGGUAGAGCACGGCGCCGACGUGAACGUGCCGGACGGCUCCGGAGCGCUGCCCAUCCACCUGGCCGUGCGGGAGGGUCACGCCGCCGUGGUCAGCUUCCUGGCCGGGGAGUCGGAUCUGCAGCACCGGGACGCCGGGGGCCUCACGCCCCUUGAGCUGGCUCGGCAGUGCGGAGCCGGGCAGUUGGGGCGGAUCUUGGAGAGGCACCUCCCUACUCCGUCGUUGUGAACGCGGGGGCCCUUCAGCAGCCAGGACAGCUGGGUGCCGCUCGGCACUGGGGGGGCAGCCCCAGGAAGCCCCGAAAAACAAGGGGGAAGGGUGGGGGCGGGCUCUGUGUCUCCGGGAGGACGAGAGGGGGCAAUUCGCUUGCUAUUCCGUGCCUGCCCGAGGGCGGAAGGUCCGUCUCCUCCCCGCCCCCACCCCCACCCCAAGUUAUGGUUUGUUGGUGUUAUUUGUGUGGUUAUUUCCCCCCUUCGGUGUGAUGUGAAACUCGGGGGAGAGCAAGUGAGCGAGCAGAGACCGUCCGGGACUCCCGGCUCCAGCCAGCUCCUGGGUACCGCGGGGAAGGUGGCCUGAUAAACGGUUCGGUUCUGCCCCCCAGCCCCCACCCCUUUCCUUCCGGCCGGCCCGGCUCGGGCGAGCUCCGGGCCCUUUGUGGUGACCUGGGGCAAUGCCCUGGCUCUCUCCAUCCCCUGCCCGGCCACCGGGGCCGGGGGCUCCGCUUUUCCUCCCGCUCUCCCCGCCCCACCCCCACCCCCACCUCAGGGGAUUUCUAGGUUCCCAGAAGCAGCUAUCUUUUGGCAAAGUCACCUCAGGGGGGCUGCAGGGGAGAGGAGGGCACGACUUCCUUUUGCAAACCCAGGAACACAAUUGAAUUUGGGGGGAAACAAAAUGAAUGGUGGCGGGUGGAGUGUUCCAUUUUCUUUCGUUGAAGGCCUCUUUCCAGCCUCUUGUACAGAGUUUUUAAGAUUCUAUUUAUUAUGCUUUCUGAAGAAAUGUUGUGUGAUAAUUUAAUGUUUUUAAUCAUUAAAUUAAUAUUGAGCAUUCCUUGACGA